AUGACAGCAUUCUUCUUGUAUGUUCUUCUAAGAACUGACGAUGGAAAACCUGCUAUAUUUAGCUCAUUGUAUAUAGCAUUAAAUAAUAUAAAAAGAAAUAGACAUUAAAUUGCUUAAACAGCGAAAUUUCCUUAUACAUUUUAACAAUAUGUGAAAAAAUGGAUAUAACCGUUUCUUUCAUUAUAUUUCAUUAAAAAGUAGUAUAUUUAUGAAAUUGAUCAUUCGAAGGUACCCUGAUCAAAGUUGUAAAUGCCUACUUUGUAUAAUAAUAGCUAUUUCAAAAAAUUAAUAAGCAUUCUAAAAAAAACAUAUUUAGCAUUUAAAGUUAACGAAACAUUCCAUCCUAUUUGUACAGUUUAUUUUAUUGUAAACAGAUACGUCCCAUUAGAUAAUAAAUGUUAUUAUUACUACAAAAAUUUUGUGGCCUUAAAUUGUGGUUACUUUCGAUUUUGUGCACGCUGCAUGUCUUUUUAUGACAAAGAUCAAAUUUCUUGUAUUUACAUAAUAAACAUAUAUUCGAAAUGGAACGACGAAUUUCAACGUAUUAUAUUUUUUAAAAAGCCAACGUUGCUUGAAAAUCGUAGUAUAUUUUCUAACUCUACGUUACAAUUUAAUUGGGUUAAAAGCUAA